CUGCUGCAGUUCCCCUGCCCACCAGCGGGGGGCGCUUUGCAUCAGACAGCGUGUUUCCCGUGUCAUCAAAGUGUAAUAUCCCAAGCCAGCUUUGACAUUGCAGAAAAGAUGGUGGUCUGAGAGCACAAACCGCGCGUAUGUCAAGGCCCGCAUGAUGACGGUCACCCUUGGUCCAGGAGGGCGCAGAAGGUGCGAGUAGAAUCGCAACGCCGUCAACCAUGUACUCGGAGUGGCGCUCGCUGCAGCUGGUGGUGCAGAGCGACCAGGGCCACCUCAGCGUGCUGCACGCCUAUCCUACCAACGUGGGCACGGAGGUGGCCAACGCCGUGGUCAAGCCUCUGUGCACGGCCGUGAGCCCCGUGGCCACUGAGAACAUCCUCAAGACAGACAAGGAGGUGAAGUGGACCAUGGAGGUGCUGUGCUACGGCCUCACGCUCCCCCUGGAGGGCGACACGGUCAAGCUGUGCGUGGACGUAUACACGGACUGGAUGAUGGCCCUGGUGUCGCCCCGAGACUCCAUGCCUCAGCCCGUGGUCAAGGAGCCCAACAUGUACGUGCAGACCAUCCUCAAGCAUCUCUACAACGUCUUUGUACCCAGGCCCGAGCAGCACAGCUUGAACCACAUCAGGCUUUGCCAACAGGUCCUGACCGCCGUGCAGAAACUAGCACGAGAAUCCCUCUCGCUGGCGAGGGAGACCUGGGAGGUCCUGCUGCUCUUCCUGCUUCACAUUAACGACACCUUGCUCGCCCCACCCACAGUCGGAGUGGGCGUGGCCGAGAAACUGGCGGAGAAAUUAAUGGCCGUGCUGUUCGAAGUGUGGCUACUGGCGUGCGCCCGCUGCUUUCCCACGCCGCCCUACUGGAAGACGGCGAGGGAGAUGCUGGCCAACUGGAGACACCACCCGCCGGUUGUGGAGCAGUGGAGUCGAGUGGCCUGCGCCCUCACCUCCAGACUCCUGCGCUUCACCCAUGGACCCUCCUUCCCAGCUUUUAAAGUCCCUGACGAGGACGCCAACUUGAUCCCUUUGGAGAUGGACAGCGACUGCGUGGCACAGACCUGGUAUCGCUUUUUGCACAUGCUCAGCAACCCAGUGGACCUGAGUAAUCCGGCCAUCGUCAGCACCACGCCCAAGUUUCAGGAGCAGUUCCUCAACUCCAGCAGUAUCCCGCACGAGGGGGUGCUGCUGCACCCGUGUCUCAAACAGCUGCCCCAGAUUUUCUUCAGGGCAAUGCGGGGUGUCAGCUGCCUUGUGGACGCCUUUCUGGGUAGGACAAAGACAAACGUACAGUUAAACCAUGUCGCUGUGUAUUUCUCUUUCUGCAAUGUAGGUGUCUCAGUUGAAAAGACGGGGCUAUCUUUUUGUCCUGCGCGGCUCUCCCACGGCAUAUCCCGCCCUCGAGCCGACAGCGCCCCGCCCACUCCAGUCAACAGAAUGAGCAUGUCUCCGCCCCCCUCGGUGGCCAACACCACGCCCCCUCACAGUCGCAAGCAGCGGCACACAGCGGUCACCAAAACAACCAGCAAGAGUUCAACUGGCAGCAGCAGCCAACCCACAAAAGUUUCCCAGCAGCAGCAAACUUCGUCCUCGCCGACUUUGUUGUCCAGUCCCAACCAGAGCAGCUGGGAGUCCCGGCCACUGCCCGCCCCGGCACGGCCCAAAGUCAACAGCAUCCUCAACCUGUUCGGCCAGUGGUUGUUGGAUGCGGCACUGGUCCACUGCAAGCUCCACAGCGGCUUAAGUCGGGACCCCAGCAUGACGGCCAUAGCCACGCAGGUGGGCCUGGAGCUGAGGAGGAAAGGCUCGCAGAUGUCCACAGACUCCAUGGUGUCCAACCCCAUGUUUGACGCCAACGAGUUCCCGGAGAGCUACGAGGCGGGUCGAGCUGAGGCCUGCGGUACUCUGUGCCGUAUCUUUUGUAGCAAGAAAACGGGUGAAGAAAUUCUACCUGUUUACCUCUCAAGGUUCUACAUGGUGCUGAUUCAAGGUCUCCAGAUCUCUGAUUUCAUCUGUAGACCCGUCUUGGCCUCCAUCAUUCUUAACUCUUCCUCUCUCUUCUGCACCGACCUGAAGGGCAUCAACGUGGUUGUGCCGUACUUCAUAGCAGCCUUGGAGACCAUUGUGCCCGACAGGGAGCUGUCAAAGUUCAAGAUGUAUGUCAACCCCACUGAUUUGAGGAGAGCCUCCAUCCACAUCCUGCUGGCCAUGCUGCCACUGCCUCACCACUUUGGCAACAUCAAAUCCGAGGUUCUGCUUGAGGGCAAGUUUAACGACGAGGAUGGAUCGCCUCACGACCAGCCCGUGUCCUUUUUGUCCCUGAGGCUACGACUCGUCAACGUUUUAAUCGGCGCCUUGCAGACAGAGACCGACCCUACUAACACGCAACUCAUCUUGGGUGCCAUGCUAAAUAUUGUUCAAGACUCAGCACUGUUGGAGUCCAUAGGCGCUCAGACAGAAACGGGGAGCAUAGACGGGAGUCAGGCGCCCACGGGGAGCCAAAGUCAUAGCCGGACCAAUAGCGGCAUCAGUUUCAGCAGUGGGGGCAGCACGGAGGCCGCCAGCCCGGACUGCGAGCGCCCUUCCCAGGCCCUGCUUCGGGAUUACGCUCUUCCAGAUACAGCGGCGGGCCUGCUGGUGCGCAGCAUCCACCUGGUCACACAGAGGCUCAACUCCCAGUGGAGGCAAGACAUGAGCAUCUCGCUGGCUGCCCUGGAGCUGCUGGCCGGCCUCGCCAAGGUCAAGGCGGGGGUGGACUCGGCGGACCGUAAGCGUGCGGUCAGCUCUAUAUGCGGCUACAUCGUCUACCAGUGUAGUCGUCCAGCACCUCUGCAGUCCAGAGACCUGCACUCCAUGAUUGUAGCUGCCUUCCAGUUCCUCUGCGUGUGGCUCACCGAGCACCCUGACAUGCUGGACGAAAAGGAUUGUUUGGUGGAAGUUCUGGAGAUAGUGGAGCUGGGAAUUUCAGGCAGCAAGUCCCGACAGGAACAGGAAGUGCGACACAAAGGGGAGAAGGAGCACAACCCGGCUUCCAUGAGGGUGAAAGAUGCUGCCGAGGCCACUCUGUCAUGUAUCAUGCAGGUCCUGGGAGCCUUCCCUUCCCCGAGUGGAACCGCGUCCACCUGCAGCCUCCUCAACGAAGACACUCUGAUCCGCCACGCCAGACUGGGCUCCACGGGAGCCAGCAACUUCCGCUACUUCGUGUUGGACAACUCUGUCAUUCUGGCCAUGCUGGAGCAACCUCUGGGCAACGAGCAGAACCCCAGCCCGUCUGUGACGGUCCUGAUCCGAGGGACGGCCGGAAGACACGCCUGGACCAUGCAGCUCUUCCACCAACCCAGAGGUGCCCGGGCCAAUCAGAGGCACCACCUUCUACCACAGCAGGCCUUUGUCCCAGAGGGACGCCCCACGCCAAACAACGGUGUGGGGAUCAGAUACAACGUCAAGCAGAGACCCUUCCCCGAGGAGGUGGAUAAGAUUCCCCUGGUCAAAGCCGACGUUAGCAUUCCCGACCUGGAUGACAUCGUCAGCAAAGAGCUGGAAGUUCAACACGAGCGACUUGGCCAUCUGAUGAGCAAGCAGAUGGACUACGAGAACACUUUGGAGCGCCACAGCGAGGACGUCUGGCGGUCCAAUUCCUUCCCCGACCCGCAGAUCGACUGCAAACCACCACCGCCGUCGCAGGAGUUCCAAACGGCGCGACUCUUCCUCUCCCACUUUGGUUUCCUCUCUCUGGAGGCACUUAAGGAGCCCAGCAACAGCCGUCUACCUCCUCACCUGAUCGCCUUGGAGUCGUCCUUGCCAGGGUUCCUGGAUGACAUCAACUACCUUGACCUGCUCCCCUGUCGCCCCUUUGACACCGUCUUUGUUUUCUAUGUGCGGGCUGGACAGAAGAGCAGCCAUGAGAUCCUGAGGAACGUAGAGUCCUCAGCCAGCGUCCAGCCUCACUUCCUGGAGUUCCUGCUGUCCCUAGGCUGGCCUGUGGACGUGGGGAGCCACCCGGGAUGGACGGGACACCUCCAUACCAGCUGGUCCCUCAACCCCUGCUGUGACCAUGAUCUUCAAAACAUUGAAGAAGCAGCUACUCCUGAGGACACGGGAGGAUCAGUCUUCAACGGGGAGAAGAAAGUCUUAUACUACGCCGACGCUCUGACGGAGAUUGCCUUUGUUGUGCCAUCUUUAACGGAACAUUCUGAGGAGUCGUCGGUGCACAGCGACUCCACGCUGGAGGCCGACCCCAACAUGGACCUCAUGCCCAGUUUACUCAAGCAGCCCAAUCUGACUCUGGAGCUCUUCCCAAAUCAUUCUGACAACCUGGAGUCUGCAAAAAAGAUGAGUCCUUUGGUGAGGAACAAAAGGUCUUCAAGUGGAAAGUCUUUUCCACCUCUGGGUCCUGAGACCAAGGUGUUUGUGGUCUGGGUGGAGCGCUUUGAUGAUAUCGAGAACUUCCCUUUGUCAGACCUUUUGGGGGAAACCAGCACAGGUUUGGAAGCAAGCAUGAGCAACAGCACUUCCUGCAGAUCAGGGUUACUGGAAAAGGAUGUUCCUCUGGUCUUCAUCCACCCCCUAAAGACCGGCCUCUUCCGGAUUCGGCUCCACGGCGCCGUGGGCAAGUUUGGCAUGGUGAAUCCCCUGGUGGACGGCAUGGUGGUCAGCCGUAGGGCGCUAGGCUUUCUGGUGCGUCAGACCGUCAUCAACGUGUGCCGACGGAAGCGCCUGGAGAGCGACUCGUACAACCCGCCUCACGUGAGGCGGAAGCAGAGGAUCACAGAGAUGGUGCAGCGUUAUCGCAACAAGCAGCUGGAGCCUGAGUUUUACACCUCCCUCUUUCGUGAGGUGGGGGAGGGAAAGCCUCACCUUUGACCUGUCCUGUCCUAACACUGGCUUACACACACGACACAGAAUCUUUAUAUUUAUACUGUACACCUUUAUUUAUAUGAAUUCAUAUAUCAACUUUGACUCUGACAGCAAAGUGUGCAAAAGCAGUAAAAGACGCCAAGGGUUGGAAAAAGCCUCCAUUUUGUGUCCGUUGGAAAUGAAGGAGCCUUUUACACAAGACCGCUUUCAGCUCUUUGUUUACAAUCUUUUACACGUGUUCUGCAGGUCCCAUAGUAAUGUCCUGGAAAAGUUUUAAUAAGCAAGCAGAGAAAAGUUUAUCCUAAGAGGUGCACAAACGCUCGCUUUUCCAGUUAAAAAAAUAAUCCAACAGACUUCGCUGCACAUCUUAAAAAUACUCAGAUUUUAUAGUUUGUUGUUUUUUUUACCAAUUCUACAUUUAUGUAAUGUUAAAAAGGAUGUGACAUAAAUGCGUUACUUUUAUUAGUAACAGGUAAUCAAAUGACUUUUACGUUUUUUACCGAUUGAAGUAUUGUGGCACGCUAUUUUUGAGGCGGUUGUAUGUAGAAGCACGGCAAGCAAGAUCAAAGCAGGAAUUCCCUUUUUAAAAGAAAAAACAAGACAUUAGGCAACAUCACACAACAAACAACAUGUACACACACUCCUACCUCUACUACAAGAAAAUAAUGAUUAAAGUGACAAGAUUGCAAUCUGACAAUAUGUGGACAAGGAGACUACACCCAUAGAGGCCCACUCAAUCUUUUUAUGAACUAGCGCCAACACAAUCCAGUAAAACGAUUCACCACAGCUGCGGAGCUAACAAGCACAGCUGAGCUAAAUGAUUGCGCUGAGCAUGCUCUCACUGGCACAACCUUUUAAAGGGACACACACACUCUGCUCUCAUGAAACGUCUCAACUGCCUGCAUAUGCCAAAUAUUUGAAGUUGUUGUUUUAGUAAAAGUAAUUCCGUAUUUCAAUUUAUUUUUCAGUAAAGUAACAAGUAACUAUAACUACGUACUUUUUAAAGGUAAUUUUUUCGAGCAGUGAUUAAGUGUGUCCAGGAAUUUAGACUUGUUUUGUAGCUUCAAUGCUAAUGUUUAGUGCCACUCUGUACACGUGUCCGACGUAAGAGUAACCAUAUAUCACGCAACAAUGUAAACAUUAGCCACACUAGAGUUGUUACAUCAGUUACGUCCCCAUUUGAACACUAUGUUUGUUUGAAAAACUAAAUAAUGGAUUUAUUUUAAAAGCAUAUUUUUUUCUUUUACAAUAUGAGUUUCAUCUCAAAAUACGGGACUUCUUCAUCAUGAAAGUUUGACCUCAUUCUAGUAAUAUAACAUUUAUUCUUACAACUUUUUCCCUCAUAGAAAAAAUCUAAUCUAGUGUUUUAAUCACAAUAAUCUUGUAACUAAUAUGUUGAAUUUCCAAAAACAUAUUUUUUUGUCAUAAUCCUAACCUUCGAAUAUUAGCUUGUACUUUUACUACUCUCAAUGUAUCACUCUUUGGAUAUUUUUAACUGCUGUGUUAUACGUUUGAAAUACUUAUUUUCCAACAUAUAAUGGCCAUUAUUCUCAGAAUAUUCCCCACUGACGUUGCUGCAUGUGUAGCGGACUGACUGAUAGUUCGCAGAGUUUCAGGCUUUGUUUUAAGAUGUGUAGCGAAGCUUGGUCUUCAACUUUAAACAGGAGCGUUUAAGCCAGGGGUGUCCAAACUUUUUGACUUGAGGACAACAUUGGGCUAAAAAAAACAAAAGUCGACUGCAUUUAAAGUGUGUGUAUGUAUGUAUAUAUAUAUAUAUAUA